AUGACCAGCCACGAGUUGGACGACGACGACAACGCAGCAAGAAUUAGUAACCCGCUCAACUCCGACGAGUUCCGGCGGCAAGGCCACAUGUUCGUAGACUUCAUCGCCGACUACUACACCAACAUUGAGCAGUAUCCGGUGACGAGCCAACUCAAGCCCGGCUACCUCCGUGAUCUCCUCCCUCCGUCCGCUCCUUUCGAAGCCGAACCCAUCGAAGAAAUCAUGAGAGACAUUCAAAACCACAUAAUUCCGGGGAUCACGCACUGGCAGCACCCUUCUCACUUCGCCUACUUCCCCUGCAGCGCCAGCACGGCCGGGAUUCUCGGCGAGUUUCUCGCCGCCGGGCUCGGCGUGGUGGGGUUCAACUGGGCGGCGGCUCCGGCCGCGACGGAGCUCGAGACCGUCGUGAUGGACUGGUUCGGGGAGAUGCUGAACCUCCCCAGGACCUUCCUCUUCUCCGGCGAGGCCGCCGGCGGAGGUGUGAUCAUGGGGACCACCUGUGAAGCCAUCACCGUCGUGCUCGUGGCCGCCAGAGACCAAAAGCUGGACAAAAUCGGCAGGGGCGAAAUCGGAAAGCUGGUGGUUUACUGUUCGGAUCAAACGCACUGUGCUUUCGAAAAGGCGGCCAAGGUCGUCGGGAUCCAGCCGGGGAACAUUCGCGCCGUCGAGACGAAUAAAACGACGUCGUUCGCGCUGUCUCCUGAUUCGUUAAAGUCCGCCAUCCGUGCCGACGUGGCGGUCGGGCUCGUCCCGUUGUUCCUCUGCGCAACAAUCGGGACCACCUCCACGACCGCAGUGGACCCGCUCGAACCCCUCUGCCGCGUGGCAAAAGAGCACGGUGGGAUGUGGGUCCACGUGGAUGCCGCCUACGGCGGCAGCGCGUGCAUCUGCCCGGAGUUUCGCCACGUCAUCGAUGGCGUCGAGGGCGCGAACUCGUUCAGCCUGAAUGCGCACAAGUGGUUCCUUACCACGCUGGACUGUUGCUGUCUCUGGACGAAAGACCCGAACGCCAUUAAGAAAUCCCUCUCCACGAAUCCCGAGUACCUCAAGAACCGAGCAUCCGAGUCGGGUCACGUGGUGGACUACAAGGACUGGCAGCUGACGCUGAGCAGGAGGUUCCGGUCCCUGAAGCUGUGGCUGGUGCUACGCAGCCACGGCGUGGGGAACCUGAGGGAGUUCCUGAGAGGCCACGUGGCGAUGGCGGAGGCGUUCGAGAGGCUCGUGGAAGGGGACGAGAGGUUCGAGGUCGUCGUCCCUCGACGGUUCUCGUUGGUCUGUUUCAGGAUGGUGAUGAUGACGUUAUCAGACAACGAUGACGACGGUGGUGGUAAUAAUUUGAUGAACAAGAAGUUGCUGGAGCGGAUCAACGGGUCGGGUCGGGUGUUGAUGACCCAUGCCGUGGCCGGCGGGAUUUACAUGUUGAGGUUUGCUGUUGGCGCGACCCUGACGGAGCCUAAACAUGUGAUGGAAGCUUGGAAGGUGGUUCAACAGCAGGCUGAUGCGAUCAUGCAAGGGGUCUGA